CACACACCAACGCCAUCUUUCCAUCACCGCUCGCCAACGCUGAAUUGAAGCUCGACAUCAGCUUCGUUCGACACUCUCACAUCACCACCCAGCAUGGCCGCAGAGGACAACGCAAAGCGGAUUGAGGAAGCGCGGAAGCUGUCCAAAGACGAGCCACAGAAGAGCGAAGCCAUCUACAAGGACAUUCUCUCGAAACCACCUGGAUCAAACGACAAAGCCGUACGCGAAUUUGAGAACGCUCUCAUCGGUCUCGGCGAGCUCUACCGCGACCACAAGCGGACACAAGACCUCUCCAACCUCAUCCAACAAACGCGAGAUGUGCUCACUAGCUUCGCCCGCGCGAAGACUGCUAAGCUAGUCCGGCAACUCCUCGACCUCUUCCACGCCAUCCCAAACACCACCGACACACAGAUCGAAGUCACGAAAUCAUGCAUCGACUGGGCCGUAUCACAACGUCAAGGCUUUCUCCGCCAGAAUCUCGAAGUCCGGCUGGUGGGCCUCCACAUGCAGAAGCAGUCUUACUACGAAGCUCUCACCCUCAUCAAUGGCCUGCUGAAAGAGCUGAAGCGUUUGGAUGAUAAGCUUGUUUUGGUGGAAGUGCAAUUACUGGAGAGCAGAGUCUACCAUGCAUUGGGAAACUUGCCAAAGGGAAGAGCUGCGUUGACGAGUGCGCGAACAAGCGCGGCGUCCGUGUACACGCCGCCGCUGUUGCAAGCGAACUUGGACAUGCAGUCUGGACAGCUGCACGCAGAAGAUGGAGACUUCAACACCGCCUUCUCGUACUUCAUCGAGGCCAUGGAGGGCUAUCACGCUCAGGAUGACCCGGUCAAGGCUACGUCCGCCCUGCAAUACAUGCUCCUCUGCAAGGUCAUGCUCAACCUCAAGGAUGAUGUGGAUGUGCUUAUGACUUCAAAGCAUGCGAUCAGAUAUGCAGGCAAGAACUUGGAUGCGAUGAAGGCCAUCGCGCGUGCACACAACAACCGGAGUUUGGAGGAGUACGAGCAAGCCCUGCACGCCUACCGCUACGAGCUCGGCAGCGAUCGUUUCAUCGCAUCCCAUCUCCGUCGCCUCUACGACAGCAUGUUGGAGCAGAACCUGAUCAAGGUUAUCGAGCCAUUCUCGAGGGUAGAGAUCAGCCAUAUCGCGAAGAUGGUCGGCCUGGACGUUGCGCAGGUGGAGAGGAAGCUCAGCCAAAUGAUCCUGGACAAGGUCAUUAUCGGUGUGCUUGAUCAGGGGAAUGGUGUGCUGGAGAUCUUCGAGGAGACCGAGAGAGAUACUGGCUAUGAUGCGGCACUCGACACGAUUGAGAAGCUGGGAAGCGUGGUGGAUGUGCUCUACUCGAACCAGGCGAGCAUGCUGGAGUGA